AUGGCGUCAAAAGGAAAGGAAACAGCGACAAGUAAAGAUGCUACACCUACCAAUCCGCGGGGCAUCCCCUAUGCCCCGUUCGUGGAUAAGGUCGAGGACUAUGUCACCACCCGAGACGAUGUCGAGCCCACCCUGCGCAGCUUCCAAGAAAUGAUAUCGAAAUACCAAUUCAUGGAGAUGAACUUACAGAAGCGAAUGGGCGGUCUCAAGGAAAAGAUCCCAGAUAUCCAAAAGACCCUAGACUCGGUCAAGUUUCUCAAGCUAAGAAAGGAUGACGAUGAAGCGAUAGAAACAACAUUCGAACUUAACGAUACUCUAUACUCAAAGGCGAAGAUACCUGCGACUGAGGAGGUCUAUAUUUGGCUAGGAGCCAAUGUGAUGCUCUCAUACCCCAUAGACGAGGCAGAGACACUAUUGAGUUCAAAGCUCUCGACGGCAAAGACAAGCUUGUCAAACUGCGAAGAGGACCUCGAUUUCCUCCGCGAGCAGAUCACAACCAUGGAGGUCGCCGUAGCCCGAGUUUACAACUGGGAGGUGGUACAGAAGCGAAAGGACAAGGCGGUCGAAGAGGAAGAGAACAAAAAGGUCAAGUCACAAGGUGACUAA